ACUGCUUAUACACCUGAUUCCACCCUCCGCUCAGGGUCGGAAGAGACCAGGAAAGGUUUCCGCAUCCCAAGCAGAGAAACAUCUUGUGGUAUUCAAGAAGACCGGAACAAACAUUCAAGAGCAUCUCGAUGCCAUCACUACUAGCGCUCAGCCCUAUCUCCUAGCUGUUGGAGUUAAGAAGAAUGCAAUCCACCAGUUCUUCAUCAUUAUCGACAAGAAUGCCAUACCUUGCAGGUCAACCUCUUCUCUUGUUGCUUUUGACGAACUAUUUAAGGCACAUUUUGUGUUUGGCACAUCCUACAACACCAUGCUCCACAACAUGUACACUUUCAUCCAAACUACAGUGUACAGCAUCGAUGCUGGCAAGGUCAAAGAGAGCCCUCGUGUUGCUGAAAUCAGGGCGAGGUUACUUCAUUAGUGCUUGAAGUUUCUCCUCGAACAUGAAGUGUUUUGUUUGUCAGGCUGAGUUAUCGAGUUCAAAUAUGCUUGUUAGGCAUUUACGAUUAGUUCACGGUUACUUGCCUGGAAAAAAUCUCCGGCUUAAAUGUGCUCAGACUGGAUGUGGCUGUGCGUUUGGUACGUUUUCUGGUUUUAGGAAACAUUUAAACACAAAACACACUGAGUAUAUUGACCAACAGGUUGACCCUGAUGUUUAUUUAAGCAGCAUUGGAGAGGCAGUGACCACUAAUGUAGAGGAGACAGCUACAACGUCACGGACAGUUAAUGAACACGAGGUAGCCACAUCUACUCUGUUGAAAAAGUCCAACAGGAGCACUCUAGAUAUGUGUGCCUCUGCUGUUGCACAACUAAAAGCAGCUGGAUUAAGUCAAUCUACUGUAAAUAGUUUUGUUUCCUCCAUGGAAGAAGUGUUUUUUGAGAUUCAAAGUCAAGCUACAGAUGCAGCUUUGCAGUGCUUAUCUCCACAGGAAACUGAAAAUAAGAACAGAAUAGAACAAUCUUUGCAAAAGUUGGAAAACCCUUUCACACCCUUAAAUUCAGAAGCUAAACGAAAUAAACACUUCAAAGAGAAAUGGGGAAUCGUAGAACCUGUUGAAAAGGUGCUUGGCACAAGAUUUGACAGCAGAAGAAACAAAACAACUGGGACAUACGAUCAGGUCGUUGUAACUGACAAGUUUGCAUAUAUUCCUAUUUUAGAAACACUAAAGGCCAUUUUUCAAAACCCAGAACUUGCAGACAUGUUCAAGCCCAGGCACAUGCCCAAGGAAGGUGUGUAUGCAGACUUGAGAGAUGCCGCCUAUUUUUAAAAAAAGUCCCUUAUUCUCUAUAGAAAAAGAUGCCAUACAGAUCCAGCUAUUUUAUGACGACUUUGAAACAGCAAACCCCUUGGGGUCUAAAAAGGGUAUACACAAAUUAGGUGCUAUAUACUUUACAUUAAGGAAUUUUCCCCCAAUCUUUAAUUCAUCAUUGAUAAAUAUUCAUUUGGGUGCUCUUUUCCAUGCGCAGGACAUCAAGCGUUAUGGUUUUAAUUUGAUACUUGAGCCACUUGUCAGUGAUCUUAAAGUACUCGAGACAGAGGGACUUAAAGUUCCCAGAUUGAAAGAUGUGAUUCACGGUACCAUAGUUCAGGUCACUGGUGAUAAUCUUGGGUUGCAUGGUUUAUUUGGCUUUGUGGAGUCAUUUGGGGCAAGGUAUUGUUGUCGUUUCUGUCUCCUUGAGAAAGAUUGUUUUCAAACUGUGUUCUGUGAAGAUGAUCCAAAAGUUGUACUACGAACUAUCGAGAUGCACAAACUGCACUGUCAAACUUUACAAACAGAUCCUACACUACCUCAUAUCUAUGGUGUCAAACGCAUUUGUCUGCUGAAUUCACUACAGUAUUUUAAUACAGCCAACAAUAUUUCUGUAGAUAUAAUGCACGAUAUUUUAGAAGGAGUUGCUCAGUUUGAAGUCAAACUUGUCCUGCAGUACAUUAAGGAAAACUUCCUAAAUGCUGAACAACUGGCUGGUAGAAUACAUGCUUUUGACUAUGGAUACAAUCAGCAGCGAAACCGUCCACCUAGAGUAAAGUUGUUUGAUGGAAGUAAUGAUUUGGGGUUGAAUGCUAUACAGUCUUGGUGCUUAUUACGUAAUAUGCCUUUGCUAUUUGGUGAUUUAAUACAGUCAGAUGACCAGCACUGGCAUCUUCUACUUUUGCUUCUACACAUUGUUAACAUUGUAUUUUCCCCAGUCCUUACAGAAGGCAUGACCAUUUACCUCAAACAUUUAAUCAUUGAUCAUCAUCAGCUCUUCAAGCAGUUGUUUCCUGCAAUCAAUCUCUUACCAAAGCAUCACUUCAUGAUUCAUUACCCUCGUAAUAUAAAAAACAUCGGCCCAGUUCUGCACAUGUGGUGCAUGCGUUAUGAAGCUAAACAUAAUUUUUAA